AUGCUUGGCCAGUUUAAUAACGUCGGUGUUCGCGAUUGCAAUGGAACUAAACUACGGUAUGAUCAAGCUUGUUUAGAAAUAAUUACUGAUGGCCCAAUUGCUUUCUGGAGCCAGUAUGAGGAGUGUGAAGAUUGCAUGUUGUUGGAGACUGCCAACUUGAAGAAGUCAGGUCCUGUAGUCCUAGAAACGAUCAGUCCCGUCCGAUUUGCUAUACGCAGCGCAGAUAAUGAAAUUUGCAAUGGUACCUAUGAAUUUGAAGAGUUUGGUCAGUAUAGCAUCAAUGUUGCAAAUGAUAGUCUUAACUGCCAGCCCCGGAUGACAGCAGAGCCUGAUGCCGCUUAUCUACCAAUACUUACGGCGGUAGUUGUGUUGUUCUCUUUGGCCACACUCUGGUAUAUUGUUAAAGGAAUUCUUAAGAUAAUCAUAGCGGGACGCUUCUAUUCCAGAUACUUUGCAAGAGAGGACAAUGAACUGGGCUCCGAAACACGCGUGAUAGUCUCCAGUGAACCUAGAUCCCCUACCAGAUCUAGGCUGCGGUCGCUAGACAUAUUUAGAGGAUUCUCCAUUGCGCUUAUGAUAUUCGUAAAUGCCGGAGGUGGUGGCUAUAGUAUAUUCACUCACGCCGCCUGGAACGGAUUGACAGUUGCUGAUGUGGUCUUCCCAUGGUUCGCCUUCGCUAUGGGCGAGUCGUUGGUAUUGUCACUUAACGCCCGGCUGAGGACGUCUUUGCCGAGAAUCGAGGCUCUUAAACAGGUGGCACAAAGAUCCCUAUUAAUGUCCAUAGUAGGGAUCUGCCUUAGUUCGUGA